CGGGACUUUCCUUGGUGCCAACAUUGAUACACAUCCAUUAUGGAGGCCACCAAUACUCCACCGCCUAGCAAUGAGAUUCAGCCAUCUCCACUGUCGACCCAGACGCUGCCACGUACUACUUCGCAGACCAGCAGCGAGAAACGAUGGCUCGUGCCAGACGAGCACCACGGCGAACACAUUGCGAUCGUGAGCUAUCCUCGCAGUGGCAACUCGCUGAUGCGUGGCCUUCUCGAGACGGUCACGGGCGUGUACACUGGCUGUGACACGAGACCAGACCGAUCGCUGAGUUUGGAGCUCCAAAAAGCUGGCAUGAAAGGCGAGGGUGUCGUAGACGACCGCGUGUGGUUUGUCAAGUCGCAUUACCCCGAGCGGUCGGGGUACGUCCCCGUGCCCGUCCAAAAGGCCAUUCUCGUCGUGCGCAACCCUUGGGACGCGAUCAAUUCGUACUUCAACAUGACCUUGACCAACUCGCACAACAAGAGCGUGCACGAUGUCACAUAUAGUCGGUUUGCAGACCGAUGGGAUGCCAUGAUCCAGAACGAGAUUCAAGUGUGGAUCAAGUUUCACGCGUACUGGAUUGCCAAGGUGGACAUUCCCAUCCAAAUCGUACGGUACGAAGACCUGCUCCUGCAUCGAAAGGAAACGAUGCAUCGUGUGGUCAAGUUUAUAUUGAACAAAGAUCCAAAAGGGUCGCUUGAAGACACGGAAUGGAAUUCUCGGAUUGAAUCCGUUUUAACCGAGGACGACUCGACCACUGGACCGUACAAGCCUCGAAGUGGCAAGAUUGCCAGCUCCUUUCGACAUUACUCGCCCGACCAGUUCCAGCAUGUCCUCGACGUCGCGCGCGUGCACUUGCGCAACUUUGGCUACGACACCAACACCCAAGGAUUCCCCCACGACAUUCGACUGCCCAACCGACAACUGCGGCCCGCCAAGCCAGGUGGGAAGUCGGUGUGGACGCUCUCAGGUGACAAGCUGGAGCUGCGAGAUCGCAACGACACGUUUGGGCGCCUCUCGACGUGGUUUCGGAAAGCCCUCACGGAGCCCAUCCUUGCCAGCGAUGGCACCAACCUCAACAUGCAUGAAGUCGAAGCUGCAAGGGAGCGUGCUCUGGCGUCGGCGCAGAGUGCUAGCCAAGGUCCCGGCAGUGAAGACGCCGACGGCGAAGAGGAUCAUGCAUAAUGCGAUGGAAUUGCAUAAUCAUCAGCUCAAAAACGGCAGGAAUAUUAAAGAGUGUCCAUGGCCGCAUGAAGCGAUCUUUGAGACAUCGUCCAAUCAUAUCGACGCAUUUCGAUUUUGU